UCAUAAUAGCAGUACAUAGUUCUCUGUGAUGGUAAUGAGCGGUAAUGAAUGAGAGAAAAUGAAACGACGUGCGGACACGUCGAGAGCCGCGUCUCUUUCGCUUUCCCCAUGUCAGCGAAUAUAAAGCGACAGCUGAUCGAUGCCACCUCGAGCACGCCCGUAAUCGCGCCCUGUCACGUCGUCGUUUCGUCGCGAAAGUUUCUUUAGAUAUCUGUCGCUUGUAUACACACGCAGCGUCUCUGAUUAUAUCGACAAAAUCGAUAUACGGCUCUUCUACGGUCGCGCGUCGUCGCGUUAGCACUCGCCUCGGCUCUGCCAAAAGUUCGUUAUGUCGGGCGAGCACAAGACGGUAAUUAAAUAUCCCUCGGAGUAUGUCAAACUGAACAUCGGAGGCUCGCUCCAUUAUACCACGAUAGGCACUUUGCAAAAGCACGAUACUAUGCUACGCGCUAUGUUUAGCGGUCGCAUGGAAGUGCUCACUGACUCCGAAGGCUGGAUAUUGAUCGAUCGGUGCGGCAAACAUUUCGGGACGAUUUUGAAUUUUUUACGAGACGGUUCAGUUCCAUUGCCAGAAAGCACGAAGGAAAUGGCAGAGCUAUUAGCUGAAGCAAAGUACUACUGUAUCAGUGAACUGGCCGAGUCGUGCGAGCAGGCGCUCCUUCGAAAAGAGCGAGAAGCGGAACCCAUCUGCAGAGUGCCCCUCAUUACUUCUCAGAAAGAAGAGCAGUUACUCAUAAGCAAUACUACUAAGCCUGUAGUCAAGCUGCUCAUUAAUAGGCAUAACAAUAAAUAUUCUUAUACGAGUACAUCAGAUGACAAUCUGCUAAAGAACAUAGAAUUAUUCGACAAAAUGUCGCUUAGAUUCAGUGGUAGAGUAUUAUUCAUCAAAGAUGUCAUUGGCUCCAGUGAAAUUUGCUGCUGGACAUUUUAUGGACACGGUCGUAAAGUAGCCGAAGUCUGCUGCCAUUCGAUCGUCUAUACGACUGAUAAGAAGCAUACAAAGGUUGAAUUCCCCGAAGCUCGAAUAUACGAGGAAACAUUGAACAUUUUGUUGUACGAGCAUCGAAAUGGCCCGGAUCAGGAGUUAAUGCAAGCAACGUCUUCGCGCGGUGUAGUACCCUGCACGUCCGACGAAGAGGAGGGUGAGCGUUCGGGCUUAGCCCGCCUUCGCUCCAACAAACAAAACACCAACUGACCCAGUCUUGUUCUCCUCAGUCCACCGCAUACCGCGAUCCUCAGUGUCGUUCGUUCUUUCAAGACACGAAUCAAUAUAAAA